GUCAGCAAUGGAUCUCACUCAUUCCGCCCACUCGUACUUGUCAGCUGUGUGGUACAAGUGUGGUUAAGUCUAACUAUAACUUUUUAUGGCGUAGGAUGAAUUUCAUCGAAGAAUUUUCCACAAAAGUGCCAUAGGAAUGCUAUAUUAUUGGAAUCGUGGUUUUAUACAGUAUGGAGUCUAAAAAAGACAUCUAUUAUUUGUGGGUUCAGUAUACAACCAAGAAUGAGGAGGAUUUCUUCUGGCAGUUUGUGAAGGGGUUUGUCAAAAUAUGGGAAUCUCAGCUGGACUUGGAUUGGAGUAGAUUGCCUGAUUGGUUGACAGUGAAACAUGAUUCUGGGCCCCAUCUGUCCAGACUACCAGAGGAGCUGCUGCCAGCUGUUGGAAAGUUCAUGUUCCUUGCCAAGGAAGAGAUGGAGAAGAAUUCUGUCAGUUACAAGUCACUAAAGAAGAUGGAGUUGCUAGUACAGUGUCUGAUUAUUAUCUGUCGCAACUUUGACAACAUUCCAUUUAUUGCUUCCUGUGAUUAUGUUAGCCAUACUGUAGGCAUUGCUGCCACAAUUAUCCACCAGUUGGUGAAAGAUAUUGCUGGCUUUGGUGAUGCUGGUCUGUCUUUCUUCAUUUACUUCUGUCACUUGCUGGAGUGCCUGUAUGAUCCAUAUUUUACUUGGAGGCACUUUCUAGCAGGGAAUCCUGCAGACUUUGAGAGAUUGCCAUUACAACCUGCCCUCUUGCAUGUGGAGGUCAUUCCCUUCAUAUAUGAUUGCUUCCAAACAUCACUUAUUGAACGGUUUCCUGAGCUGAGCACGGAACUUAUUCACAUACUGGGAGCUGUAAUUUCAGGAGCACAG